AUGUUACGUUUCCAUGGUGUGUUCAGCGAGGAGUAUGACCAACUGAGUGUUAGUGUCGGGUACAAAGUCGACCGUGUUGGUGCUGGUGUGGGCGGCGUGGUAGAGGAAAGUGGCGGUGGUAGUAGUGGUGGUAGUGGUCAGACCCAGAAGGAGGCGGUGCAGGUGGUGGCGACUCCUGAAGUACCUUGCAACGCUACGUCCAGCAUGAAGGUGUUCCAGUGUGGUCAAGGGGAGUGUAUCUCCUGGGAACUGAGGUGCAAUGGGGAUCCGGACUGUGGUGACGGAGGCGACGAAGCUGUCAAGGAGUGUGGUUGUCUUCCUAACGAAUACCAGUGUGGGGAGACCUGCAUUGACCUGGUGCGUCGCUGUGACACACAUCCCGAUUGUCCCGACGCUGCCGACGAGGUUAACUGUGAGACAUACGCUUGUCCUGUAAGUUACUUCAAGUGCAACAACCACUACUGCGUCCCUAGUGAACACGUCUGUGACUUCUACGACCACUGCGGCGACGCCUCCGACGAGCUAGAGUGUCAUCACCGUCAGUGCUGGAAAGCGGAAUUUGAGUGUGACAACGGACAGUGUAUCCGGCCUGGGCGUGUGUGUGACGGUCAUCCACACUGUAAGGACGCCACGGACGAGCUACACUGCCUCCCAGAGGACUUCGCUGUGUGUGGGUCCGGUGCGAGGGUCCAUCGGUACUUCUGGUGUGAUGGCUGGCCCGACUGUCGAGAUAACCACGCCGAUGAGUUCAACUGUGGUGAGUGUGACCCAGGGAGCCAGUACAGGUGCCCUAACACUCGGUGUUUAUACCUGGCUAACGUGUGUGAUUCGCUCUGUGACUGCUUACCUGACUGUGCUGACGAGGCUAACUGUACCCAGUCUACUAACGCCACUUACUCCAUCGCUGACGUAACGUAA